GCGACCUCGCCGCACGACGACAAUAAUAAUCGUAACGCGCGCGGUUCGAAAUUCACGUUGAUCAGCUACCGACGUAACGUUGUGUUAUCGUUACGGUGGCCGCGGAAAUUGGACCGAUGACAACGGUCUUCGUAUCCGCCCUGAACGGCCACUGGCGCGUCAACGUUAUCGUUAUUGUUGUUAUUAUUGUUGUUGCUGUUACUAUUUCACGGGUAUGGCGGUGUCGCGUGACGGACGAUAAUUAAAAAUACCGGCUGGACGAGAAAUCGCGCGCCGAGACCGCUGCGUUCCGUCGCGGCCAUGAACUAAUAACGAGACGCUAGGCCGUUUAUUUAUAGAUCCGAUUUGUGUCCGGCCACAUUCGUAGACCAAAAAUCAAAAUCGAAACGAAACGACAACGUGCACGCACAUCGGCGAUGUUUGUAUUUUAUUUUCAGGCCCGAUCCGAUUUAAAUGUCGAUAAAGCCGGGUUCACACCAGAGCAACGUAUUAUAGUAACUUUUUUAGUUGCUACACGUUGCUAAUUCAAAGGUUGACAAAUGUUUCCGGAUGUCGCUCCAUGUUUAUGUUGCCGGUAAUACAAUUUUCUAUUUAUUUCGCGUUUUGGUUAAAAGCAAAACACGGCGAUAAAAGCUUAUCAAUGUUGACAGAAUGUUCCAGCCGAGUUUUGCCAGGUGUUUCUAGUAUAUAGUUUUUGUGCUCAGUGCUAUCAUAUUAAAUUAUGUUAACAGUUUUUUUUUUUUUUAUUAAUAUAUUAAUUAUAUUAAUUUUAAGAAUAUUAAUAGUUGAUAAAUAUUUUUAAUCGUAACCUAAAUAAAUUCAAAGAAAUUCUUUACAACGACAAAACCUCAAAGUUACUUUAUCGUGUAUUUAAUUUAAAAUUUAUUGAAAUCUAGUACUGACUAUAUUAAAAUGUUUCGUAUGUGUGGAUACUUUGUUGCAAGAAACGCAAAGCAACAGGUUUUGAAUCGUUUCUAUUGAGCUUUUAUUCGAAAUGUCUUGCUCUGAUGUGGACCGUAUCUUUAUAAAUGUUCCAAUUUGUGUCAAUGAAACUGGCAACUGAACAACAUUGAGGAACAAUUUGUUGUUCUAGUGCGCACCCGGCUUAAUAAAAUAAUUACGAUGUUACCUAAUACGUACAAAAAUAAACUAUUAUCCGGGCCCCGGGGCAAUCAUAUUCGGCGAAGCGAUUUCAAAUACACAUGACGAAAAUGGAUGGAUAACACACGAACACAGUGAUAAAAAAUAAUUUUGGGUUUUCAUGUUAUUUGUAUAUUAACUGAAAGAUUAUCACGCGAUUCGUAAUGUGCGAUUUGUUCUUUUGUUAUCGCCUAUUUUAAAUUUAGAAAAACUUAUUACAAUUUUAUCAUCACAUUAUAGUUUUGAUAAUGGAUUUAGCUAUUAAAUAUAUUUCAUUUUUAAUAUUGUAAUACAUAGAUGAUAAAUCAGUCCCUAUUAGGUGUAGUCUCGGUCUUAUUUAGUCAAGAAAAAAAUAAACUCUCCAGUCUAGCCUGGUCCCAUGGCUUUUUUCGUUAAUCCGGUUCAGUCUUGGUCUUAAUUUGACUUCACUGGUCCGGUCCGGUCUUUAAAAAAACUGGACCGUACAGAGAUUUAUGCCCUGCACGUUACCAUUAAUAGUUAUACUAUAAUCAUUUAAACUACCUGUUUGGAAAAAAUAUGGAAAAAUGCAUCAAACAGUUUUUGUUCUUCAUAAUAAAUAAUUAAAAUUGUUUUCUAUUAUUUAUCUGUUUAUCGGUUUUUCGCGCCAUAUUCGGGAAUUUUGUUUAAGGAUAGUAUUAGGAAUCGAUUUUUAGACGACAAGAAUAAAUAUAGUAAAUAAAUAUAUAAAUACAAAUUUUACAUAUAGAAAUAAAAAAUAAAUAAAUGAAUAAAUGCGUCGCCUGGAGUAUCAUGAUAAGUGUUAUUUAAAUUAAAAUAAAUUAAUUCUAUGUAAAACAACCAGUUUGUAUAAUUUUUUUCCAUGUAUUCCUUCGUUUAGUUUUUAAAAUCCGGCUCCUUUUUACAUUUUGACUGUGAUAUACCUGACGAUGAAUUUUUAAUUCGAAACCGGUCGAAUAAUACUCCAGGUGACCAAUUCAUUUGUUUAUUUGUGUAUUUAUUUACGGUAAUAGUAGCCAUCGUUUAUACACUGUAGACACGGUUUUAGAGUUAGUGUUUAUUUAUGAAGAACAGAUAAUUUAUUAUCUAAUGUUAUAAAGAAGGCGAAAAAAGAGCCAUUUGGUACUUAAAUAAAAUAUCAUAGGUAUCGAAAAAGAAAAAGACUUAUUUUGAUGUAUAAUACGGAACUGAGAACAAUAUAAUUUCCAACAGAAGUGUAAAAUAAUUAAAAUUACAAAUUACAAAUUACAAAUAAAUAAAAUAAAUACAUAUUACGUAACGUGGUCUAUAGAAUUCGGAAAUUUUCUGAAAAUCUGAAGGGGUUCAUCACCAAGUCAAAGAAUGUAUGGGUUCGUGUUUGUCGAUUGUCGGAGAUGGAGUCGCCAGAGAAUUCCGUAAUUUGCAUUGAAAUAAUAUUAAUAUUGUUUAAUAAGGUUAUAAUAUAUAAACAUUUAUUUUUUUUCCGUUUGUUUUUGUUUUAUUAGUUUAGUAGCAACAUGCACAAGAAUCAGAAAUGACGGGCUUUUUCCCUCCGCCACACGACGUUACUACAUUUAUUGGACCACAGUUUGAUUCGGAUGAACCGCACGACGGUCCACUUCCGGCAUACAUUUCAUUUAUACAAAUAAAUAAAAUAUAAAAAAAGGAAAAUAUCAUAUAAUUUAAUUUCAUCUUUAUUAGUUUUACUCGAAAAAUAAUGAUACCAAUGUGUUUGACGUUUGUAGUCCAAUCGGUUUCGAUCGACGAUUAGGAUAUUGAACGAUUUUGGCCUUUUCUGACGUCGGUGUUUAGAAAAUGAUGUAAACGAUUAUUUUCUUGGUUGGAAAAACUUGCUGAAACAACAGAAUAUCAGUUUAUAUCACUGAAAACGAAUGCUGUUUUUGGUUUUUAUAAAUUAAUAUUUGUCGUUUUACGAUGAGUUCAUACAUGUUUGCGUAUUAUUUUAACUAAUAAAACUAUUAUUAUAGGUAUACCGUCUAGUAGACAUAUUAACCAUUGAUCAUUAAAUUUAUUGUUUAUUCAUUAAUUAAUUUUUUUUUUUUUUAUUAAUAAUAUUAUGAAUUUGUAUCCAUAAUUUGUUGAAAUAAGUUUUUCGCCGUUUUAAAUACCUAGUGUAGCCAUUAUGAAUUAUUAUUCUUUUUUAUGUUUAAAAUGUGACACUAUGUGCUGUACUGGGUGGGUAAGUGAAAAGUGAAAACACGUAAAACGUCAUCUCUGAAUCAUUGUAUUUUUCGGUACAGUGAAAACACUACAGUAUUAUCAUGUCCUCAACAUUUUAGAGUUAUUAUAGUGGAUACAUAGUUUAACCCCUGUACUGUGCUAUGGUAUCUAUGGUAACACAAACGAAAAAAUGUACGAUAUACAGAACACGUUUAGUCCGUGGACUAUCCACUUUCCGCCUAUUGUUUUAGUCCAAUACGGACAAAGCAAACCGGAAAUAAAGGUAAAAAGAACAAACAAUUAGCACGGGCAACGCCCGUAUUUUAUUGUUGGAACAUGUACGGUGCUGUUUUUGAUAAUCAACUACUAGGUUACAAUAAUGGUAAAUGGCUAAUACGUCGUAUUACGUUUCACAAUAUCGCAUUAAUCAGAUCGUGGUAAUGGUUUUACCCUUAAAAAAUUAGUUAGAAAAUAAAAAUUAAAAAUUAGAGUAUAAUAUUAUAAAGCGUGUUGUUUUACACAAUUCCGAAAAAAAAAUAAAAAAAAAAAUACAUUCCGAGAUAAUGAGUGUCUUGCCUAUUGUUGUUGAUCCCUCUGUAUAAUUGGUUCCGAUAGGUCUUCUAUAACAGAAUGAAAACAAGGGCUACACCAUGCCGUCGACAAAAAAAAAACCUAAACUUAGAAGGCCGUCACGUUUUAUCGUAGUACAGGUAUAAUAUCCGGUAUCCAGUCCGCCUUGAACCACUACCGGUAUGUACACCACGCCGUUUUAAUAUACUUCUAUAAAUAUUCGAUAAAACGUGUUGAUAGUGUACAUUAUUAUAACUUUUUGUUUCUGAUCGGCCUUUUGUCAGAAACUAGGCGUACAGAUGAAAUAAUUCUCAAACGAUAAUUCGAGAAAACUGUAUUAUAUUUUAUGUUGAAAACGUGUGAUUUCGUAAUGUAGAAAUAUUCAGUGGAAUAUAGUUCCCAUUGAAUAUUUAUCGAGCUGACUCAAUAAAAACCACUUGUAUUCGAUUAUAUUCUGAAGGGAGAUAGUAAACUGCGACAAAACCAAUGGUUGCCUUUCUUAAAUCCAAAUGAGGUACAAAAAUGCUUUCAGAAUAUUUUGCAAUCUAUAUUACUCAUUGAAUACGAAUGAAUUAAUAAAUUCGUUGAAUACAUUUUUAAAAUUUACAUUACAACAGAUGCAAGUUUCCCUCCAAAUCUCUGGGUUGAAUUUGCACCAACAGCAAAUCGGACAACCAACAGUUAUGAGACAUUUCAAUCUAAAUUAGUAGUCAUCCAAAUAAUUAUAACUUAAUUGAUGUUUUUAAAGAUAUUCAGUCUGAAACAUACAUAAAAAUACGAAGUAAUGGACAAAGAAAAUAGUCUUAGUAGUCUAAAUAGUCUAGUAGAAAAUAAACUUAAUUAACGUUUGUAUCCAAACGAAUAUUCUGUUAUUUAUUUUAAAGGAGUUUACAGCUGGUACAAAUAAUGGGCAAUGCAUGUUUUAAUCAUUUUAAAAUAUUGUGUGUGAUUUCUGACUUUUACCCGAACCUGAGUUGAAAAAGACACCCGCAACAAUUUGUAUGUAGGUACCAUUUUAUCAGCUUUCCAAAUUCAAAUUUCACCGAGUUACAGCAACUUGAAUUUAUAUGAUAUUUUAUGGAAAGCUUGUAACAUUUCUGCCGCUAAUAAGGCAAUAAUGAUUUUGAUAUUGUAAUUUUAAAAAAUUAACCUUGAGCGUAUAUCUCGAUUAAUUAAUAUUGAUCAAAUCAUUCCAAACUCACAAUUUGGAUUCAGGAAUGGACAUUCAACAAUCUAUCAAAUCAAUCGGUUAGUUGACUUAAUAUUAUAUUCACUCGAAAUGAAAAAAUAUUGCUCUACCGUUUUACUAGAUGUUGCUCAGGCAUUUGAUCGGGUUUGUCUCCCAAGACUUCUGUAUAAAUUAAAACAAUUCUUCCCGUGCCUUAAUUUCUCUUCUUCCGAUCUUACCUCAAAAACCGAUUCUGUGUAAUAAGAGUAAGCAUGGAGUUGUUAUCAAUCGCCCUUAUUUUAGCUGGUGUCCCACAAGGUGGAAGUGUGACCAACCAACUACCCCGUAUACUUCAGUGGCUGAAUUUGCGGCGUUAGGUGAAUUACGUCCCAUUUUAAUAAAACUAGGCGAAUUGCGUUCCUGUUGUAAUUUCAUACCAGGUAAAUUGCGUCCGAUUAUUCGGCUCAUUAGCAUUACCCAGAAGACACCAUGAGAAGGAUGGUCAUAUAGUCUUCCAAAUAUUUGGUUUUAUUUUAAAUUCGGUUACAUAAUAAGUAGGUUUAUAAUAGGCAAUUUGUUGGUCAAUAAUUCAAUUAUUGGUCAAUCAUUUGUGUAAAAAAAAAAAAAUUAAAAUUAUAAAAGAAUAUUAUAUAUUUUAAACAGGUAAAAAUUUAAAUGAAACGGCUUUGACGUAAUCGAAUUUGGUUAGUAAUUUAUUAUUAUAUUCAAUCUUUUUUCUCAAAUAUACAUAUUUUUUUUUUUUUUACUAUUUUCUUUGUCCAUUACUUCGUAUUAUUAUGUAUGUUUCAGACUGAAUAUCUUUAAAAACAUCAAUUAAGUUAUAAUUAUUUGGAUGACUAAUGUUCAAUAGAUUAUUUAAUUUAGAUUGAAAUGUCUCAUAACUGUUGGUUGUCCGAUUUGCUGUUGGUGCAAAUUCAACACAGAGAUUUGGAGGGAAACUUGCAUCUGUUGUAAUGUAAAUUUUAAAAAUGUAUUCUACGAAUUUAUUAAUUCAUGCGUCUUCAAUGAGUAAAAUAGAUUGCAAAACAUUCUGAAAGCAUUUUUGUACCUUAUUUGGAUUUAAGAAAGGCAACCAUUGGUUUUGCCGCAGUUUACUAUCUCCCUUCAGAAUAUAAUCGAUUACAAGUGGUUUUUAUUGAGUCAGCUCGAUAAAUAUUCAAUGGGAACUAUAUUCCACUGAAACUUUCUACAUUACGAAAUCACACGUUUUCAACAUAAAAUAUAAUACAGUUUUCUCGAAUUUUCAUUUGAGAAUUAUUUCAUCUGUGCUAGGCGUAUAUUUAAAAUAAAUAAUAGAAUAUUCGUUUGGAUACAAACGUUAUUAAGUUUACUUGAAUAUUUUAUACAUUAUAAUUAUUGAGUUGUUUAUUGUCAUCCAAAUUCGUUUCAUUUCAGAAUAUAAUCAAUUAUAAGUGGGUUUUAUUGAGUCAGCGCGAUAAAUAUUCAAUGGGAACUAUANGCCGAUCAGAAACAAAAAGUUAUAAUAAUGUACACUAUCAACACGUUUAAUCGAAUAUUUAUAGAAGUUUAUUAAAACGGCGUGGUGUACAUACCGGUAGUGGUUCGAGGCGGACCGGAUACCGGAUAUUAUACCUGUACUACGAUAAAACGUGACGGCCUUCUAAGUUUAGGUUUUUUUUUUUCGUCGACGGCAUGGUGUAGCCCUUGUUUUCAUUCUGUUAUAGAAGACCUAUCGGAACCAAUUAUACAGAGGGAUCAACAACAAUAGGCAAGACACUCAUUAUCUCGGAAUGUAUUUUUUUUUCGUCGACGGCAUGGCGUAGCCCUUGUUUUCAUUCUGUUAUAGAAGACCUAUCGGAACCCAUUAUACAGAGUGAACAACAACAAAAGGCAAUGCACUCAUUAUCUCGGAAAGUAUUUUUUAUUUUUUCGGAAUUAUAUAAAACAAGAAACUUAAUAAUAUUAUAUUAUCGUCAUUUUUUAGGCUGAAACCACUAACACGACGUGGUUAAUGUAAUUUAUAUUAUACAUCUAUGAAAUAAAUUGCCACAGUUUGUAUAAUGUAUCUUAUCAGUUUCUGAAAUGAGAGGAAUUUGGCUAACCAGAAUCAACUCAAUUAUUAAUGUAUAAAAUAUUCGUAUAAAUGUAACCAACAUUUGUAUCCAAACGAAUAUUCUAUAGUUUAUUUUAAAGGCCAUUGCAUCUUUGGUUACGAUUUCUUAAUUUAUACCAUAUCGUUUUCAAAGUCGAAAUCACACCUGUGAGCAGUCAUGUUCUCAUAUUUGUAUGUAUUCUAACGAAAACGUGUUUAUUCAUAGUUUUGUAUAAAAGUAUUCAGAUACAAUUAAUAGUCUAAUGCUUUUUCAAUAUUCGAAUCCGCAUUUUAAACAUAGAGUUGAAAAUUAAACGGAUUUAACAGUUUAAUUUGUGUUUAUAAAAACCAAUAUAUAUAUAUAUAUAUAUAUAUAUAUAUAUAUAUAAUCAACUUCACGUAUGGCAGUGUGGGAUAGUAGGUAAAUAAAAAAAGGACUUUUUAAGUAAUUAUAAAUAUUUCUCAAAACUAUCACUAUUCGUAUUCAAAUAUGCAUUUUGAAUUAAUUCAAAAAUAAUAUGUAUAAUAAGAAUAUACUUUUAAAUAGGUAAUAUCUUUUACAAGUCUGAUUUUAUUCAAUUUAGUAGAGAUUUUUAUGCGAAUGCUGCGCUGGUAAAAGUGGCCUCGGCGAAGUCGACCUUAUAGGAACAAUCUAUAAUAUAGGUAGGCGAAUAUAAUAAUAUAAUUUUAUAUUUUUGAAAACCGGUCGAAUAUCGACGUGUGUUUGUCUGUCUAUUGUUUUUUUGAAACCAUCCGGUGCGUCUAGAUAAAUGCUCUACGUAUAGUGUGUAGUUGUAUGCUUUUCAUAACCGAAGACGGUCGAUGUGGAGUUAUCGCGGACUUGUUUGCCAGGCCGAAAUAAAUCGUACGAAUUAUGAAAAUCGUGAGUGGUCUGGUGUACGCGGUCUUUGCAAUCGCCAGUGCAGCUUCAAUUAAGCUACGUGAGUUCGAUCCAUUUAACACAUAUUAUAUUAUCUGAUAAUAUCUCAUAACGGCAUGCAAUAAAUGGUUAAACAUGUCCCGAUUGAAAAUCGUUGAACACGAACUAUUUUCUGGGCUUGUAAACAUAAUAACAACGUUACGAAUAUAACGUUUUACGAUAUAAAAACCGAUUUCGAAACGUCAUAAAACGGAAAACAAUAUCCGAAAAAAAAAUACACUACAAAAAGAAAAUAUAACACAAAACGAAAUACGAAAACAUGCGUCACGGAACAAAUUUAAGACCAUUUUUUUUUUUUUUUUGAUCCCAAAAUUAGUAAAAAUAAAUUAAAUAAAUAAUUUGUUCUUUUCCAUUUUUGUAAAUUAAAAUUUUACGGAAAUAAUUACUUUUAUCAAGCUUAAUCUCAUAUGGCCGUAUGUAACUAUGUCCGUUAAUUCAUAAUGAUCCAAGAGAUAUAUCACGAUUGAUAAAAGAUAAAAAAUUGUUAUUUUUUGAACUCAAUGACAAUCUUAUACGUAAUAUUACAUAAAAUUGAAUUCAAUUUUGUUUUUGAAUUAUUAUAAUACUAUGAAUUAGUAAAUAAGUAAUUUGAAUUGACAUAUCUAGUAACGUACUAUAUUUCAUUAAUACAGCCAAAGGUUUCAUACAAUGCAAGAAAAGUGAUCCAAAAUUUGACGAAUGUAUCAAAAAUGCACUGCAAAGUUCUGUUCCUCAGUUGAUAAAAGGUAAGAAUGAUUAUGUUAUAACAUAUAUCUAUGUACCCUAAUGUCAGUUUAUAUAUUUAAGUUAAAGUGUUGAAUCGGUUUCUAAAGUAACUUGAUACUAUUUGAAUUAAGAAUUUUAAUGAUUUCCGGUAUAGAGAUAGGCUAGACCUCGGAGAAAAACAUACUCUACUUUUUGUCGGGUUGAAAGGAUUUUAAGUAUUUUUGGUACGAAAAUUAAAUUAUUUUUGUUAAAUUGUGGAUUACCUUGGUAACACGGAUGAAAUUAAAAACAAAUUAAAACAAAUAUUUUUUCUCUGAUCUUUAAAAACUUAUAAAAAAUUAACGAAUUUAAUAAAGAUAGAAAGUUGAAAUGUCAAUAUUUUAAAAAAAAUAAAUUCUAAAAAUUGACUUCAAAAAUAAUAAAAUAAAAAAGUUUUUUUAAAAUUUUUUUCACCAAUUCAUAACAAAUUUAAUUUAUAUAUAAAUAUGUUCAGUCCUUAUCCCUGUGGGAAAUAAUAGUAAAAAACUAAAAUAGAAUUUGUUUAUCAUUAUUAUUUCAAGAGAUAUUGCAAUGGGUACACUCGUACAUUCGUGUGACACCCUGUAUUAUAUGUCACGUUGUAACUAGAGAUUAAAUAAAGUAACUUGUAAAACUAUAGUUAUAUCAUGAAACAGUGUUAUUCAAACGCUACGGCUGUAACGUAUGUAACAUAUAACACUAUAAACCCUAGACAUCAGCUAAUAUACAUAUACGUAAAAUAUUUUAAUUAUUUAUAGGCGUCCCGAGUUUAGGUUUAAUCACAUCGGAUCCAUAUCGAAUUGCCUCAUUAAAUAUAGAACAAGGAAUUGGACCGGUCAGCGUUAACAUGAACUUUACGGACUUGAUCGUGUCCAACAUGAAAUACACGAUUAUAGAUAGUGCACAGUAAGUGUGUUGUCUGUUAAAAAUAACAAUUUUUUUUAAUCGAAAUACACAAUAUUAUUGACUGUUUAUAUGUUUUGUACUACAACAGUUACGAUCCAAAAAGUUAUCGCCUUAACGUAGAGACGCACGUACCGAAUUCUCUAUUAAUGGAGGGAGAUUAUGAAGUGAACGGAAAAGUUCUCAUCCUUCCAAUUGUUGGAAAGGGAAGGUGCAAAUUUAUCAUAGGUAAGUAUGGAAAAUGUUCACAUUGAACCCAAGUAAACUAACUAUGGUGCGAUAAUGUGUUUUUCAGACGUUUUGAAGUUCACCGGUAAUGUCGAAAUGAAGCCAGUGUUCAGAAAGGAACAAAUGUAUUUGGAAGUAGCAAAUUUAACGUGGACGUUUAUCCCAAUAAACUUUCACGUUCAACUGGAUAAUUUGUUUAACGGGAACAAAGCUUUGGGUACGUAUUAAAUAAGUUUCUUAUGAUUAAUAAUUUACACGUACAUAGACUGUGUACAGAACGGAUUAAACGGACUGACUGAAGUAAAAAAAUUAUAAUUUUCUUCCGCUACGUUUGAAUUCGGGAAUUGAACGUACCUAAUUUAAUUGUGCAAAGAUUUCGGAUCCAAUCAAUUUCAGUUUCGUAAUUUGUUCGGUUGUGUUAUUGAUUAGAAAGUCGAAUAAUAAUUUUUUUAUAUGUGUGUAAAGUUUAAGUUUGAAUGAAAAUUCAAUUUGAUAAAAAAAAAAAAAAAAAUACAAAUAUGUACUGUUCCGUAUAUAAAACAAAUAAUAGCCUUGUGUCACCCAUCCUCCCCAAGUAGAGCACUGUGUAUAAUAAAUAUAAAUUAUAAUUUUAAUAACUCAAUAUGUAAAACGUAAAAGUUUUUUUAUUGUUAUUGUUAAAAUAACGUAAAAUGUAAAAGUCUGAAAACAUUUUAUAUGAAAAAAAACACGAUUCGUUUUUUUUCAAAUGAAAGCUCUGGUUUGUAAUUAGGCACGUAUUCCAAUGCUGCGAAAUGUGAAAACGUAUUCGUUUAUUUAUUUGAUUUAAAAACAUUCUAUUAAAACAUUAAAAUUACUAAAUGUUGCAAAUAUGAUAUUUUUAUGUAUAAACAAUCACAUAUAGUAAUAUAUUCCGCAAUGUCAUCUGCUCUGUGUUUAUCGGAUUUUGAUGGCUAAUUUGAAAGAUAUUCAUUUAAUUUAAUUUCGAUAAAGAAUACUGGGACUCACAAAUAGCCAAGGAACUUCGCGUGAAGGUUCAAAAUUCAUAUUUUCGUUAAUUUGUUCAGUGAAAAGUGACGCGUUUUAUUUGUUAUCAUUCAUUAAAAUCGAGGUCGUCGACAUUUAUCUAUUCUUCCGACCUUAGUUGUUACCUAUGUUUUAUGAAAACGAUUAGGAAACGUUAAAAUUUUAAAAUUUUUUAAAAUAACGCAUGAUAUUUUUGAUCUAUUUACUAUUAUAAUAUAUUAUUGUUGGCCUUGUGCGUUUGUUGAUUACCCGCGUACUUAAACGUCAUUACAGUAUCAGUAUCCAAUAUGUUAACUCGCAAAAAUACCUAAUUAAUAACAAUAGAUAAAAUAUAAUCAGAAACUUUUUACGUGGAUUAAAAAAUACAUAAAACAUUUGAUCAUAUUUCGUCAUAAAACUAAGUGCUUAAAGUAAUAUAGAUGUACUAGAUUUGGUACAAAUGUAUAGAUUUCAGAAAGGUUGUGUGAUUGAUACAACUUAAUAAUUAAUUUGUUAACCCAUAUUAAUAUAAAUUAAAUUCUUUACCUAUUAAAUAUAAGAAAUAGGUGUUUAAAGUAAUGAACAUAACAUCAGACACACAUUAUCUCGGAAAAUAUUAACUUUAUUCAGAAUUUGUUUUUUGGAUUAUUAAAAAAUAAAUAUGUUUACAAUUUUACAUUGUAGUCAUUUUAUUGUUGCUCUUAUUUUAAAGGGUGAAACCAAUACCGACUGUUGAUUUUUAAGUGGUAAUCUACGCUUAAAUUUCUAUACCUACACGGAUGAAGUAUUAGUUUGAAAUGUUGAUUUCCGUCUUCCCAUUGACGAGAUAUUAUAUUUUUAAGUUUAAGUAGGGGAGAAUGGUGGAAAAAUAUUAAAACGUCGCGUUCUGUACAGCCAUAUAAAUUAUGCAGCACUUCAUUAUCCUUCUUAGGAUGAUUGCCGUACAUUUCCUUCGUAUCAUUUUGAGUAAAAUUAAUUUGUAUGCAUUUUUAAUGUAAAACUACCAUUUUCUAAGUUCCAGCGGGGGGAGGGAGAAUAGAUAAUACUCUCCUAUAGAUUACAAUCUACUAGUUAGACACAUUUUUUUUAUAAAUAAAAGCGCCGUAAUUAUAAUUAUUUUGAUUCCACGGCUUUUUCCUUUAGGAGAGUAGUAAAUCUCUCUCCGUUGGAAGUAGAAUAUCUUGUCAACGCUAAAUAUCAAAACGCAAAAAUUGAUUUAAAUCAAUAUUUUGUCAAUUUAAAGAGUUUUUAAACAUAGGUUGCAAUUUGAAAACCAAAAGUAGGCAGUAGUUUCACCUCUUAAAUAAGGGUAAAAAAGAAAAAAUUUAGCAACAUUUUAGAUAUGUUUAUUUUUUAAAUGUGAGAAGUCCUAAAUAGCAAAUUUCGAAAAAAUCAAAUAUUUUACGAGAUAAUCAGUAAUAAGAUAAGAGUAUUACGUUAAGUUGACCACUCUGCAUAAAUAACGAUUUAAAAAAAUGUAUCAAGAUCGUUUAACUAUUUAUCUGAGAUAACUCAGAUGUCUUAUUUCGUAUUUAUCUAAAUAAAAUAGGAGGUAAAAUUUACCUAUUUAGAUAAUUUAUCUACGUACAUUUAUCUGGAUAAAACCCAAUAUUAUUUAUUUAUGAAUGGGAAAGCCAUUUUUUUACGUUUUUUGUGUGAUUGUUCAUCAUUUAUUAAAAAUUGCAGGAGAUCACAUGAAUGUAUUCCUAAACGAAAAUUGGCGUGAAGUUUUAAGUGAACUUCAGCCCGCCAUCGAAGAAGUUUUUGGCGCUCUAUUUACAAGCAUUGGUCAACAAUUUCUCAACCGUGUUCCUGAAAAUCAAAUCUUUCUAGAUUAAAUUUAGAUUUAGUUUAUACGUUUUUAUUAAAUGUGUUCUAUUAUAAACCUAUUAUAUUAAACUGACAAUUGCUAGUAAUCCUGUACACAGGAAUUGAACAAUCCGUAUAAAUGGUUAAUAUACAUUGUUAAAUGUCAUUUGUCCUUUCAUUGUUUUUUCCUCAAUUUUGAAUGAAAAACCAAUGGUGAGUUUCGGACAUUUUUUGAUUUCCCAAUAGAUUUUUAUACUAAUUGAGAAAUACCGGAAAAACGUAGAGAUAAACGAACACAUAAUUAUAUCGUAACGGUUUCAUGAUUAUAUAUUUUUGUAACCGAUGUUCUCUCUUGAGAAUCUUCUGUAAUCAAGAAGAUAGUUGAUUUUUGAUUUUCUAAGUAGUUUUUUUUUUUAUAAUAAUUUUGAACAACGUAAAAUGAAAACUUACAUUUACGAUGCUACAAUUUCAAAUCUUAAAUUGUUAAAUUUUUAUGAGUUAUGUAUUUUACCA